AUGGGAUUUCCUUACAAACAAUAUCAUCAUCGCAAUCCAACUCUGGAAAGUAACAUCAUAAUUGGGCACCUGGAUAGUGGAGUGCUAUUUGAGUCAGAAAGUUUUUCUGAUUACGGUUUAUCCCAUAUUCCAAAAAAAUGGAAAGCUUCUAUUGUGGCUGGAAAUCCAGUGAAAAAUGUUAGUUUUUUUGGUAUAGCAAAUGGAACUGCUAGAGGAGGUGUUGAGUCGGCUAGAAUUGCUACAUACACCGUGUGCAGUAAUUUACUUUGUGAUGAUCAUAAUGUAUUAGCUGGAUUUGAUGAUGCAAUUGCAGACAACGUCGACAUUAUCACCAUCUCAAUUUCUUACGAUACCAUAAAAAAUAUGAGUGACGAUGUUAUUGCCAUCGGCUCGUUUCACGCUAUACAAAACGACAUUUUGACCGUAAAUGCUGCCGGAAAUAAUGGAAUACAUGGUUUGGGAUGGUCAAAUGGAAACGCACCAUGGAUUUUCACAGUGGCAGCUAGUGCAGAUAGAAAAAUUUUAAAUAAACUUAUCCUUGGAAAUGGCCGAUCACUGAUAAGUACUUCCGUGAAUUCUUUUGAUGAAAGUAACCAUAGCAUAAGGUUGGUGUAUGGAAAAAGUGUCUCCAACCAUUGUAAUGAAUCCUUUGCAAGGCAAUGUAAUGUUAAUUGUGUAGAUCCUCAUUUGGUAAAGGGAAAGAUUUUAGUAUGUGACUCUCUACAGCCAGAUGUUAUCACAACAGCUGGAUUUGCUGGUGCCAGCGGGGUCAUUUUUCGACAAGAUCAGCAAUCAGAAGAUGAAGCUAUUAUCGUUUCUAUACCUACCGCGAUUCUUAAUGAAUCCGAUUUUCGUUAUAUUGAAUCAUCUUACCUCAAGUCUAAAGUAUUGCACUCAGCACGCAUAACAAAGAGUGAUAUUAUAAAGAAUCAUAUUCCCAUCCUAGCUUCUUUAUCCAGCAGAGGGCCAAAUACAAUUCUUCCCCAAAUUUUUAAGCCUGAUAUAACUGCACCGGGAAUAAAUAUCUUAGCUGCAUAUCCUCCCAAGUUUUUUUAUGCAUCUCCAAUUAAAAACUUUCAUAGUCUCUAUAGCAAUUACUCCUUCUUGUCCGGAACUUCCAUGGCGUGUCCUCAUGUUGCUGGUGCAGUUGCUUAUGUGAAAUCAAAACAUCCUGAUUGGUCAGCUUCUGCUAUUAAAUCAUCUCUUAUGACUUCUGCUCGUAAUAUGAAUGGAGAGUACAAUUUAAAUGCUGAACUCGGGCACGGAUCAGGACAUAUUGAUCCAGUGAAGGCUGCAUAUCCUGGACUCGUGUACGAGACAUUUAUUGACGAUUAUUUUAAAAUGUUUUGUAGUUUAGGCUCGGAAGGAGACAAGUUGAAGAAUAUUUUAAAAGGAAAAAAGAAAUGUCCAAAACGGAUAAUUAGAACAUAUGCAAAAGAUCUCAAUUACCCUGCAAUGACAGCUUCAAUCCAUGAGAAUUCAUUUUUCACUAUUCAAUUCUCAAGAAUCGUAACAAACGUUGGACAUGCUAACUCUACAUAUCAUGCAGAGAUUAGUGGAGGAGAUAACACAGUCUAUGUCAGUGUGGAGCCAAAUGUGCUCUCUUUUGUCCAUCUGAAACAAAGAAAACCAUUUACUGUAACCGUUAAUGGGCAAUGGUUGAACCAAGAUCACAUCUCUUGUUCUUUAAUUUGGUUUGAUGUUAUGACUAUUAAACCAAAUAAUGUUAGCGUUCAAGAGGAAACUAAUAUCAUUGCACGUUCUCCUGUGAUUCAUACGCAUAACACCCAUGAUGAAAAACCGAAAAUGUUCUCCGGUGUGGAUUUCAAGAGGUGGGAACAUAAGAUGUUGUUCUAUUUAACGACUUUAAACUUGGUUAGAUUUCUCAUUAAGGAUGCUCUUAUGCUCCAAGAGGGUGAGAGUAGUGUUGAGUCCAUCAGUGUGUUAGAUGCAUGGAAACAUUCUGAUUUCCUAUGCCAAAAUUACAUAUUGAAUGGACUAGUCGAUUCAUUGUCCAAUGUGUACUUUGAAUGA